CUGCCUCCGUGGGCUGUACCUGUGACUUCGGGACUUUAUCUCCUCUGAGGUUGCGUCAGUCUCUCUGACACCCUUAAGCAGAAAGGAGCGGAGGGAAUGGUCUGAGUCCUUGCCGAGCUAAUCAGACACUUGGCUGAACAUACAAAAAACGAACUGUGGGAAGACAGAGGGUCAACCCACGCGACGCUGGGGCUCGCCUGGGGCCCACUGGAGCUCAGCUGAACAACAGUUUGGAAGAUUAAACACCAACACCAUCCCAUCUCCUCCUGAAGCCUCAGCAGAAGAAGUCAGCUGCCCUCUCCCAAGCAGUGGUGUGCAUGCAGAAUUUUCAUGUGAAUUCUUUGAUAUCAGGAAGAAAAAGUACCCAGCUGCCGAGGACUGUCAGUCAAGGCCCGGGAACCUUGGGAGCUGGGAAGACGGGCGGAAAGGCUGUCUGAACUUGACAGCCCAUUAGCAAGUCAUAAAAAAAGAAGAUUAAGCACCGUCCUGGAAAAUAACUUGACUGCAGUGAAGAAGACUUAGUGGAAAAGUGAAUGUAUUACACAGAAAUGGCUUUAUGGACCUGGAUACUGAGCAUUUUGAGCUGUUUUUGUUUCACCUUAUCCAAAAAUGAGGAACUGAAAUAUUUUCAGAGUGCCACAGAACUGAAUCACCUAACAGUGGAUAAUGACACUGGGAGAAUCUAUUUGGGAGCAGUAAAUGCUCUGUACCACCUUAAAGAAAACAUGGAGGAACUUGAAUUUGUAGAAACUGGUCCAAAAAAGGAUAACAAAAAGUGCACACCUCCCAUAGAUGAAAAUCAGUGCAAAGAGGCAGUAAUGACUGACAACUAUAACAAACUACUGUUGCUGAACAAGGCAGAUAAAACAAUUGUGGUGUGUGGAAGCCUUUUUAAGGGAAUCUGUGCCAUCAGAAAUCUAGAAAACAUUACAACAGUUGUGUAUUAUGUGGACAGUAGUGGAGAGAAGUCCUUUGUAGCAAGCAAUGAUGAGAAUGUAUGGACUGUGGGACUGAUCACUUCCUUGAAUAAUGACCGAGUGUUGUUUGUUGGGAAAGGGAAUGGCCCAAAUGAUAACGGGAUAAUAAUUAGCACUCGGCAGCUCUACGAAAGUGAUGGGAAAGACAUUUUUGAAAUGUAUACAGACUCGGCAGCUGUUAAGUCAGCUUAUCACUCAUCAAGCACACAACAAUUUGUGGCAGUCUUUGAGCAUAAAAAUUAUGUUUAUUUUAUUUUUAACCAGCAAGAGAAACAGCCCGUCAAUAACCGCACGCUUAUUGCACGUUUGUGCAAAGACGAUGCCCAUUAUUAUUCAUACUUUGAAAUGGACCUGGGAUGCAAAGAUGAGGAUGGUGCUUAUGAUCACUGUCAUUCUGCUUAUGUCACUACACCAGGAGAAGAGCUGGCCAAGAGCAUGGCUCAACAGCAACAAACUGCAGAUGCUCUGUCAGAUGACAAAGUACUUCUUGCACUAUACAGCAAAGUGAACAAAGAUAACGGCUCUCUAAAAUCAGCCAUGUGUGUGUUUUCCUUGAGGCACAUCAAUGAAAAGAUGGAAAAAAAUCGGAACGAUUGCUACACUAAUCAGAACACCAGCUCGUUUUACAAACUCUUUGCGGUAGAAAACCCAUGUGGAUUAAAGGGACUGAAUGCAAGCAAAAAUUUCCCCUGUGGCUCUGAACACUUACCAUACCUUUUGGGAAGUAAAAAUGGUGUUAUAGAGAAGCCGGUAUUACAAAAAGAAGGGAUGAAUCUCACGGCUGUUACCGUGACUGUGGAAAAUGGGCAUACGGUGGCAUUUCUGGGAACUUCGGAUGGUAAAAUUCUUAAGGUCUUCCUGUCAUCCACUGCAACCGAAUACAGCUCUCUUACUAUUGAACUAAACAAACCCAUAAAGAAAGACCUGGUCCUUGACAAAACUCAAGAGAAUCUGUACGUGAUGACCACAGACAAGGUGUAUCGACUUCCUGUACAGGACUGUCACAAGUACUCAGACUGUGAAAAGUGUGCUCAAGCAAAGGACCCUUACUGUGGCUGGUGUGUAAGAGAGGGCAGGUGCACAAAGAGGGCAGACUGUGAAACAGCUGAUAAGGAGAACCAUUGGCUGUGGAGUCCAAGUGGAACGUGCAUGACUAUCAUCAGUGCUGACCCUCGAAAUAUGAGUCGCACAACCCCUGCUAAGGUGGAACUGACUGUAAGUCCAUUGCCAGCAUUAACUGAUGGUGACCAGCUUGUGUGUACAUUUGGUGAAACUAUCCGUGAUGCUCAAUUAAAAGAAGGAGUUGUUAUCUGUAAUCCUCCUGAUCUGAUUCCUCCAACACCCAAAGGUCAAGAUCAUGUUUCAGUUCCAUUACAGCUAACCUUUGGAGAGAAAAAGAUUUUUUUUGCAUCAUAUACUUAUCCUUUUUAUGACUGUGAAGAAGCAAUGAAUCUUUUUGAAAAUCAGCCAUGCUAUUCGUGUGCAAGCAAUAGAUGGAAUUGCCAAUGGGACUGGAAGAGACAUAUCUGUGAGGAAUCCUCUUCAAAACAGGAUGUGAUUAAACAAAAUAUGGAAGAAGAAUGCCCACAGUUUCUAAAACCUAGUCCUCCAAUAAUACCUAUGGAAUACCAGACAAUGGUGUAUUUUGAGGGAAGACAUCUAGCUUAUUAUCAGGAUAAAAUAUUUGUGGUUGGAAACAGCCAGUUUGAAUUUGAAGCUCCAGUUGAUGAAUCAGAUGAGGGAAAAUUCUCAUUCGUGACUAAAGAGUUCUCCUAUAGUGCAAAUGAAACCUUACAACUAAACUUAUCCAUAAGAGCAGAUGAGGUCAAGAUUGACAGCAAACUGAUGGUGACUCUGUACAACUGCUCUUACGGACGAAGUGACUGCAGUUUAUGCCUUGCGGCUGAUCCUGCCUACAAGUGUGUCUGGUGUGAGGAAGAUGGCAAGCCAAGCAAGUGCGUUUAUGAAAAACUCUGUCAUGCUCCUCCUACUGAUACGUGUCCUCAUCCAGAAAUUACUCACAUUGAGCCAAAAACUGGACCACUAAGUGGCGGAAUUCUUUUGACCAUAAUGGGAUCUAAUUUGGGUAUAAAAGCAGAAGAUGUAAAAAAUAUAAUAGUGGUAGACCAGGAAUGCCUUUUCAAAGAGGAAUUCUACUCUGUUUCCACAAGGAUUGUAUGUCAAGUUGGAAGAAUGACUGAACCAAAACAAGGUCAAAUUGAGGUUAACAUCAAUGGAAAAUUAGGUAAAUCACCAAGUGAUGUGAAAUUUACCUACCAGGAACCUCAUCCUUCUGGAAUAAGCCCUGAAAGAGGUCCACAAGCAGGUGGAACCACACUUACCAUCACUGGUACAAACCUGGCAACGGGUUCCAAGAAGGAUGUUCAUGUUUUAGUUGGCAGCGAACCUUGCAAUGUCACUGAAUUUGGAGACAAGAUAGUUUGCAUUACAGGACCUAAUAGCAAGGUUGAAGAUGUUGAUGUAAGAGUCCACUAUGGGGACACAGCAAGUAACAUACCAGGGAAAUUUUCAUAUAGAGAGAAUCCUACUGUCACCAAGUUCCUGCCAGUAAAUAGCUUCAGCAGUGGAGGGAGAAAUAUUACAGUAACUGGAACUGGAUUUGACAUCAUCCAGAGAUUCUCACUAGUGGUUUAUGCAGAGCGUCCAGAAGCAGGGAAACAACAUCUCAAAAGGUUUGAUGGAAAACUUGUUACAAAUCUCAGUGCAACCACAGUGGUUUUCUCUUCCCCGCCAAUACUGGAAGAUCCAGAAAACUAUAAUAUUACCACUAUUAUUCUAAUGGAUCAUUAUCAUUUGGUUGUAAAAAAUGAGAGCCACUCCUUUGCAUAUGUUGCAGACCCAACCUUUGAAAACUUCACAGAUGGCAUCAAAAAACAAGUCAACAAACUUAUUCAUGCAAAGGGCAGUAAUCUGAAUAAAGCCAUGACGAUAGAUGAGGCCCAGGCUUUUGUGGGUGAUGAACCUUGCAACAUAAAAACUCUGACUGAGAAGGAUUUAUAUUGCGAGCCGCCAGAAGUACAACCUCAACCCAAGAAAAGGCAGAAGAGAGAUACUAUCAAUAACCUUCCUGAAUUCAUUGUGAAAUUUGGCCUCCGAGAAUGGAUCCUAGGAAGGGUGGAAUAUGAUACGCGUGUGAGUGACAUCCCACUGAAUCUGAUUUUGCCACUUGUACUUAUUCCUAUGAUAGCUAUCAUCAUCAUUUCUAUAAUCUGUUACAGACGUCAGAGCCAACAAGCAGAACGUGAAUAUGAAAAAAUCAAGUCGCAACUAGAAGGCCUGGAGGAGAGUGUCAGGGAUCGAUGCAAAAAGGAAUUCACAGAUCUAAUGAUAGAGAUGGAAGAUCAGACAAAUGAUAUAAAUGAAGCUGGAAUUCCGGUACUGGACUACAAAACGUACACAGACAGAGUCUUCUUCUUGCCCUCCAAAGACGGAGAGAAAGACGUGAUGAUAACUGGGAAGCUGGAUAUUCCAGAGGCAAGGCGGCAGACUGUGGAGCAGGCUCUGAACCAGUUCUCCAAUCUGCUCAAUAGCAAAUCAUUUCUCAUUAAUUUUAUUCACACGCUGGAAAGCCAAAGGGAAUUCUCUGCUCGAGCUAAAGUUUAUUUUGCAUCUUUACUGACCGUUGCUUUACAUGGAAAGCUAGAAUAUUAUACUGACAUCAUGAGGACACUGUUCUUGGAACUGAUGGAGCAGUAUGUUGUGGCCAAAAACCCAAAGCUGAUGCUAAGAAGAUCUGAAACUGUUGUUGAGAGGAUGUUGUCUAACUGGAUGUCUAUUUGUUUGUAUCAGUACCUCAAGGACAAUGCUGGGGAGCCUCUUUAUAAAUUGUUCAAGGCGAUCAAACACCAGGUAGAAAAAGGCCCAGUGGAUGCUGUACUAAAGAAAGCCAAAUAUACACUGAAUGACACAGGCUUACUGGGAGAUGAUGUAGAGUAUACACAGUUGACAGUAAAUGUAUAUGUACAGGAUGGAGGAAGCGAUUCCAUACCCGUGAAAGUGCUGAACUGUGAUACGAUAUCACAAGUAAAGGAAAAGAUAAUAGACCAAGUCUAUCGAAAUUUGCCGUGUUCACAGUGGCCAAAAGCAGACAGCGUAGUUCUUGAGUGGCGUCCAGGUUCUACUGCACAGAUCCUCUCAGACUUGGAUUUAACAUCACAAAGGGAUGGCAGAUGGAAACGUAUCAACACACUAAUGCAUUAUAAUGUCCGAGAUGGUGCAACGCUCAUCUUGUCAAAAAUGGGAAUUUCCCAGCAGCCAGAGGAUAGUCAGCAAGAUGUCCCAGGGGAAAGACAUGCACUCCUGGAAGAUGAAAACAAGGUCUGGCACCUAGUCCGGCCCGUGGAUGAGAUUGAUGAAGGUAAAUCGAAGCGGGGGAGCGUCAAAGAGAAAGAGAGAACCAAAGCCAUUACAGAGAUCUACCUGACAAGACUUCUCUCUGUGAAGGGGACACUUCAGCAGUUUGUAGAUAACUUUUUUCAUAGUGUGCUUAACUCAAAUCAUGUGGUGCCACCAGCUGUGAAAUACUUCUUUGACUUUCUUGAUGAGCAAGCAGAAAAACAUGACAUCAAGGAUGAAGAUACCAUCCACAUCUGGAAAACAAAUAGCUUGCCUCUUAGAUUCUGGGUAAACAUAUUGAAAAAUCCGCAUUUCAUCUUUGAUGUUCACGUUCAUGAAGUAGUGGAUGCUUCCUUGUCGGUCAUUGCACAGACUUUCAUGGAUGCUUGCACAAGAACAGAGCACAAAUUAAGCAGAGAUUCUCCAAGUAAUAAAUUACUUUACGCAAAAGAAAUCUCUAACUACAAGAAAAUGGUGGAAGAUUAUUACAAAGGUAUUCGUCAGAUGGUGCCAGUCAGCGACCAGGAUAUGAAUACCCAUUUAGCAGAGAUUUCUAGGGCACAUACUGAUUCUCUAAAUACGCUUGUGGCUCUACACCAACUCUACCAGUAUACUAACAAAUACUAUGAUGAGAUUAUAAAUGCACUUGAAGAGGAUCCAGCUGCACAAAAAAUGCAGCUUGCCUUCCGUUUACAGCAAAUAGCAGCUGCAUUAGAGAAUAAAGUGACUGACCUUUGACUCAAAAGCCGCAAUAAAGAAAUCUGAUCUAAAGAUGUUCAAAUUCAUUCUUCCUGUUAAGGAAAUAGUGUUCUAUUUUUUAAUGUAUAAUUACAACUUUAAAUGAAAGAGUUCAUGUUUUUUUGAUAGAGGUGUAAUGUAAAAAAUUUUUACUGUAAAUUAUGCUUCUAAUUAAAAGCUGUGUUGUGUGUAAAUGAAUAUUCUGUGGGAAAGAGAGUCCUUUGGUUGGGGGCAGGGUGGGGGGAGUGGAAGAAGGAAAGUUUAUGGUUCAUUUAAUUUAGUAGAAUCUGAAACAUCAGCAUUUAGAAUUCAUUAUGCAAGUAAAUUCAAUACUAUAGCUCCUUUAUAUUUUAAGCAAUAUUUAUACUAGGAAAACAAUGGCAUAUUCAGAGAAACAUGCAAUAUCCCCUUUUAUUUUGAUAACUGGAAAUUGAUUUUCAUAUAGCCCUAAAACUACUAGGUCUGUGCACAUAAUGAACAUAGUAAACAAUGUGUCUGAUCUUUCUGUAAGAUCUGAAAAUGAGAUUUGCUACCACACGCAGUUCUUAAUUAAUUUAAUUAUUUAUGUCCAAGGUAAUGCACAGUAUUGUACCCACCACAGCUGGUUGCGAUGGAAGUAAAAGUAAUGUCAUCCCUGUAGGAGGGUUAUACUGAUAAAGCCUCAUUUGAUUCAGAAAUCACUGCAAAGGAGAAUUAGCUCUUAAAACUUUACAACUUUCUGUUAUUAUUGUGAGUUUUAUGAUAUAUGCUAAUGUGCCUUACUUGUACUAAUUCUGUGAAUCUGAUGAAUGGUUUUGUAAAAAGAAGCAGACAGAAAAAGAAAUAUUUAUGUGCUCUUGAAUGACUUUUGUGUGAAAAACAUGACCAGCAGAAUGCUUGUAAUUAGCUGCUUGCCGAGAGUGUGCUGUUUAACAUGAUUUGAUUAUGUAUAAUAUCUUAUAUUGGAAUGGUUCUGAUGAUUUUUUAUUUGAAUCUUGGAACUGUCCUAGGAUACCACCAUUUGUUUUUGUUGUAUUUGUGAUGUAAAAUACUAGUAUGAUAUUAGAAAAAUCAUAUACCCAUAUAUUGAAAACCACUCAAUCAGUUUUGAGCCUUGGAAUGCUGCAUUUGAUUGAAUACACACCAUAACCCAUAGCAACAAAAAUUAAAAUAACUUGUCAAAAAGUGUGUGUUUACAAUAUAGGUAAGCUAAGUCAAGUCAAAAAGUUUGGUACGUCUUCUCAAAUUGCUCUAUUGCACAUCAGAAAAAUUUAUUCCUUUUGUCUUGCAAGUUUUUGGCAGUAAAGUAGCAUUUUAAUGAAGUGCUGCCAUCUGUACUGGUUCCCAUUCACUGUCCUGCCAAGCGCCCAGGCUCUGCUGAGUCUCAGCAAGCUACACCGUGUCUGCUGCCCGCUCUCCCUGCCCAGGAGGUUGUCAUACAAUGAAUUUUACUGUUUGUUGGGUUUUUUUUUUUCUUUACCAAAAAAUCCCUAGGAAUUCUCAGUGGGCCUUCCCUUCAGUUUCCAAAAGUCAAAAGCCUCACCAGAACUGGUUUCCUACCCUGUGGCCUGGGAGCAAGGGGGUUGUUUGUUUUGUAUUCAAGCUCUUGCAUUUAUAUAUAACCAUUCCUGAACCUGCCUGGGAUAUAAGUUAUUUUACACUUUCUAGGACUGAGGUACGUAAGACUUCUACAUAAAGGUGCUUUGCCAGCUACACCUUCAUCAACAAAGGCAUCCUAAUUUCGUGGCUAAUAUGUUUCGCUGUCAUUAUUUGUAAAUCCUGUUAAUUGUAAAUCAAAUACAAUGUUGUUUUUUUCCACAAA